UGUCACAGUGGUGGUUAUUUUAUAUAACCUCAAAUUUUUUACCCCAAAGAAUCUAAAUCAUGUUUUCUAAACAGAUUAUUUCAACUUUUCAAAAGUUAAUAAGUGCCCAAAACAAUAUUAUUACAAAUCAUACUGUUCGUUCAUUGUUUCUUACCAGCCAAAAACAAAGAGAUGUUAUUGACAGAAGAGAAAUGCUUCGUUCUGUUCCAAAAUUAGACGAGGGAAGUGCAGGAGAAAAAGCCUUAGAAGUCGAUUCAUUAAUUCAACAAAAAACAGACAUUUUCCCAGAUGCAGAUACUCCAAAUCGACUUUUCAAUGGUAUUCCAUUUAAGAACUUGCCUAUAAUGAAUAUAAGAGUAUCAUCAAAUAACACCAUAAUUAGUAUGACCGAUGAUAAGGGUGCUGUGAAACUGAUUAGAUCGUGUGGGGUAGAGGGCUUUAAAAAUACAAGAAAAGGGACGAAUAUAGCGGCACAAGCUACAGCAAUUACUAUAGGAACAAAAGUUUUAGAAAGAGGAAUAAAAACAGUUAGGGUGCGUGUCAGGGGUUUAGGACCUGGUAGAAUGUCGGCGAUUAAAGGUUUACAGAUGUCUGGUCUAGAAAUUAUUUCAAUUACAGACAGCACUCCAGUAUCUUGGAACCCGCCAAGGCCAAGGAAGGCGAAAAAAUUGUAAUUUGAAUUAGUUCAUAUUAUUUGUUAUGGGUUGCAAAAAUAAAGUGUCCCCUCUUGUAUCCGCAAGGCAGAAAUAAAAAGGAAAAAUCAAUUAUAA